AUGGCUGAUCAGACUGAGCUGUGGUUCGAAGCCGACGAUGUCGAUGUUAAGCCGUAUGAAGAAAACCUCGGCUCAGAGUAUUUACCAUUUGUUCCAUGGGCUAUUUCCGUUCUAUGGCAAAUUUCCGAAUGUCUUGAGGACAAGGACACUCGCAGCUCCCGCACGAUGCCCCGAACCCUGAUCAAGUGGAGUAACCGGAUAACACAAUUCGCAGAGCUCAAUCAGAACUCGCUCCAUGGAGACUUCUUGCGCGUGGCAACGUUACUAUGUGAAAUUUCUGAGCGUCUUCUCCGGGCAAAAGGCUUUGUUCAGGAUGUAGUUCUUGGUCUGUACAAUGUCCAUACAGCUCUACGCUCCCUUCUGCGGAAAGUCAUUAAUACGUUCUACCGAGUAACAUACUCUAGCAAGGGGUUUAAAAUGAUUGUCACCUCUCUAAGCACUUCUUUUCGCUCCUGUGUAGGAGAAGUCUCCGAGAAGAGCAAAGCCUAUAUUGACGUAUCUUCCCAUGUUACCGUAAUCGGCUUUCUAGUGGUUAUGAAGUUCUUCGAGACCCUCUUCCGGCUUGGAAAUAUUAAGAGACUUCCCCGCGAGAUUUCCCUUUUUUUGGAGACCACUUUGCUGAUCGUUUACUUCCUAAUGGCAUUUACUAGGGAUCUUAUUCACGGUUACUGA